GCAAUCUCUCCCAGGCUCGUGGGUGUGGUAGAAGCGGACGGCGCAUGUGGUGUCGAUGCUUCGGCGGUCCCUGGUGCCCCGUGGUUCAACGGGUCCAUGUGGACGACCCUGCCGAGAGCUGGAGAGUUCUCGGUUGUCCUCCCCAUAGAGACCUAGGUCUAACACCGCCUGGGUAGAGAGGGAGGACAUAGUGGAGGCAUGUGCGGGCGGCCUGCCGCGCCUAGCAGUGGCAACCUUGGGACGAGCUCGCUUGGAGUCGGGGUACAUCCUGGCCGCUUUUCUGCGCUUUACCGCUCGGCGCCGGAAGGCGAAGAGGAGGCAGAUGGCACCGAAGAGGAGCAGGGCGGCGCCUGCAGCGAUGGCUAGGACAGCGGGGGCGGGAAGUGGCCCGCGGGGGGUCCCGCCAGGGGCGAUAUCUUGCGAAGAGCUGGAGGACGUAAAACCGGGCAGGCUGCUGCUACCAAGGCUGGUGUACGGUGGCUCCGUCGACGACGCACAACAAGGGCCCAGGGCUAUGGUCAACGUAGUGCUGCUGAGCUGGAGGGCAGGUAGGGCCGCGACGGCGCCGGUGGGCUGCCGCUGGUCGAGAUGCGAGGUGAACCGUGGCCCUUGCCGGAGCGCGCCAUGCAUCGUAGACUU